AAAAAAUAGAAGAGCGAAUCCUUUAUCAAACAUGGUGUAAAGUGUUGAUACACGUGCAGUACGUGUAUUUAAAUGAUAAAUUAAUUUGUAUUUAAUUUUUUUAUUUAAAGGAAUUUAAAUAGUUAUUUAAAAGUUUAAAAUGUCGAAACAUAAUGCACAUCGUCCUGGUGCAUUUAAACAAGUUAAUAAAACUCAUAAAACCGGCAGACAUCGCAGUAAAGGUGCUAUAAGUAACGAGGUUAAAGGAAAGGUUAAUGUAAAAACUCUUUCAAAACGCAUAAAAGGCGAGUUAGGAAGAGAAGCUCGACGUCAUCAGGCACAGCAAAUACGUCAAAAUAAACGAGAUGAAGUAUUGAAAGCUAAACGUGGUUUUGGAUGUGUCCAAGCACCUCCAAUUUUAGUGACUUUAAUUCCAUUACAGAAGGAGUUAGAUACAAACAAUGUCGUAUCUAUUUUUAAAAAUGUCGAUGAAAGUGCAAAUAUUAGCUUUAGUCCUUGUGGUUCUAUUCACCUGGGCAUUAGCAGAAUUAAACGACGGUUCUCUUUAAUUAUACCUCCAGUUGGUGAUGUAAUUUCGACUUUGGAUGCUGCAAAAGUCUCUGAUACAGUUAUGUUUUUAGUUUCUGCAAAAACGAACAAUGAAGGUGAUAUAUCAAAAGUAGUUGAUUCAUGGGGACAAAACAUUUUACCAACAGUUCUGGCUCAAGGUUUGCCCGCAGCUGCAGUAGCGCUUACAAAUUUGGAGAAUAUUCCUAUAAAGAAACGACAAAAGCAUAAACAAUUCGUUGAGAAUGAAAUUUCAAAAUGGCUUCCUGAUGAGAAAAUAUUACUAUUAGAUAAUAAUAUGGAUGGACUAAAUAUAUUGCGGCGCAUUGGAUCUCAAAAGCAAAAAAAGAUUUUUUAUCGAAGCAGAAGACCGUAUUUGAUUGCUGAGACAAUAAAAUAUACUUCACAAAAUUCGGACGAUAAUAAUGGUACACUGGAAGUGUCUGGAUAUUUAAGAGGGCAACCUUUGUCAGCUAAUGAGCUUAUCCAUCUAACGGGAUUUGGAGAUUUUCAAAUAUCUCGAAUUGAUGCUCCAGAAGAUCCAUAUUCUCUCGAAAAAGAGAGAAAAAAAUCAAAAUCAAGUGUAGAAAAUAAUACUAUGGAUUGUGAAACUGUAACUAAAAUCCUUGAAGAAGCAGAUGCAAGUAAACAGGAAUCUCUACAAGCAGAAAAUAUCUUAGAUCCAAUGGAUGCAGAACAAACUUGGCCUACAGAAGACGAAUUAAUUGAAGCAGAAAAUUCUACAACACAAAAAUUAGUUAAAGUUGUACCUAAAGGAACAUCAGUAUAUCAAGCCGCUUGGAUUCCCGAUGAAGAUGCUGAAAAUAUUGAUGACUUAUCUGAGUCGGAAGAUGAAAUGUCAGUUGAGGAUGAUAUUGACUCCGAUAACGAACACAAGUCAGACGAUGAGGAGUACGAGUCAGUGGCAUUAAACGCUCCUUUUAAUGACGAUCAUUAUGACGAAGACAUAGACAUUCUAGAAGAAAUAAAAGAGCUUAAAAAAAUUAAAGAGGCAAAGGCAGAUAAAGAAUUUCCUGAUGAAUUAGACACUCCACAGAAUAUGCUUGCUAAACUUCGAUUUCAAAAGUAUCGAGGUUUGGAAUCUUUCAGAACAACACCUUGGGAUGUAAAGGAAAAUUUACCUAGAGAUUAUGCUAGAAUUUUUCAAUUUGAGAAUUUUGAACGAACACGGAAAAGAAUUUUAAAGAAUGCUGAGAAUAAAGAAGAUGGUGUUUCGCCGGGUUCCUAUAUCACAAUUCAUGUGAAAAAUUUUAGUAAACAGAUGUUUGAAAUGUACUGCUCCACACAGAAUCGUCCUUUAAUUAUUUUUGGUCUGCUUCCACAUGAACAAAAAAUUUCACUUGUAAAUGUAGUUCUUAAACGAGCAGGUGAAAGUUUAAUACCAAUAAAAUCGAAAGAACGUUUAAUCUUUCAAUGUGGAUUCAGGAGAUUUUCGAAUUGUCCAAUCUUUAGUCAACACACCAAUGGAAAUAAACAUAAGUAUGAAAGAUUUAUUCAACCAGAAAGUACAGUCGCUGCAAGCAUGUAUGCGCCUAUCAUGUACUCGCCUUGUCCGGUUUUAUGCUUUCGUCAAAAAGCAAGUGGUACUCUGGAUUUGGUUGCAACGGGCAGUGUUCUAUCUGCAAAUGCAGACAGGCUGGUUGUAAAACGAGUUAUUUUAAGUGGUCAUCCAUUCAAAGUUCAUAAACGAUCAGCAGUCAUUAGAUUUAUGUUUUUUAAUCGUGAAGAUAUCAAUUGGUUUAAGCCUGUUCAAGUUGUAACCAAAUUUGGACGAAGGGGACAUAUAAAGGAACCACUGGGAACACAUGGUCACAUGAAAUGUCACUUUGAUGGUCAAUUGAAAUCACAAGACACUGUGCUGAUGAAACUCUACAAGAGAGUUUUUCCUAAAUGGAAGUAUGAAACCUACUUCCCAACGAUUUCAUCGAAUUUCAUUGAUGAAGAAAUGAAAUAAAGUUGAAGAAAAUUAAAAAUGGUUAUUUUGCAAAUUAAUAAAUAUAAAAAAAAAUUAUAAUUUAGUAUUAAGUACUUUUUUUUCACUAUUUUUCGAAAAAUUAUAUUAUUUUCUAAUUGGAAAAAAUAAAAAUACUACGAAUAAAUAUGAUAAUUAUUUUACUGUAUAAAUUACUAUUUUUAAUACACAACUUACAUACAUUUAAUUGCAAUUCAUUUGCUUUGAAUUCACGUCUGCAUAAAUGAAUAAACUAGUAACAAAAAAAAAAAAUAAUAAUAAAGUAAAAAAAAUUUAAUCGAAUGUUUUCGAACAUGCAUGUGUA